GUGCUUUCGAGGUGACCUUCAAUAAAGGAGUUAAAUGGUUUUAUCUACAUGUGUGAUGUGUUUAUCUUGUUUAGAAGUUUUAGUACCGCAUAAUUGCCUCUUUAUUUAAAACGUGUUUGAAUUUUCUCCUGUGAUAGGUUUGUAGUUUAAUUGAACUUGCUUUAUUUUUGAAAAAAGUUGAAAGAAAACGUCAGUUAAAAUGUCUAGAGAAAGGGCAUCGAGGAGAUUCUACCGAGUAGAAUCAACAACUAAUCUACUAGGAUGUUUGGACAGGGGGAUGAUUGCAGAACAAGAAAAUCGUUGGUGUUUCGAAAUUGCAUGGGAAGCAGCCAACAAAGUUGGAGGAAUUUACACAGUAAUUAGAUCGAAAGCUUACGUCUCCGUGGAAGAAAUGGGGGACCAAUACUGUCUCAUGGGUCCGUACAAGGAGCACAGUGCUCGUACGGAAGUUGAAGAAGGUCCUCUCGGUAGCGAAGCAUUAAACAAAGCCGUUGAAAUGGUAAGAAACAAAGGUUUCAGAGUCAUUACCGGUAGAUGGUUAGUGGAUGGUAAUCCUCAAAUCAUUUUAUUCGAUAUUGGAUCCGCCGCAUGGAAAUUAGACGAAUAUAAACAAGAAUUGUGGGAAAAAACCAAUAUCGGAGUACCCCAUUUGGAUAUUGAAGCCAACGAUGCCAUUAUUUUAGGUUGUAUGGUAGUAGAAUUUCUAGCGGCUUUCAGGAUUACUUCGGAAGAAUAUGGUGAAGGUACUCCACCACGUAUCGUAGCUCAUUUCCACGAAUGGCAAGCCGGAAUCGGGUUAAUAAUGAUUCGAAUUAGACAUGUCAACGUCGCCUCGGUUUUCACGACCCACGCAACGCUUUUAGGAAGAUAUUUGUGUGCCGGUAACACAGAUUUCUACAAUAAUCUCAGCAAAUUCAGCGUCGAUGAAGAAGCGGGAAAGAGGCAGAUUUAUCAUCGGUAUUGUAUAGAACGAGCCGCUUCUCAUUUGGCUCAUAGUUUUACCACCGUUUCAGAAAUAACCGGUUAUGAAGCUGAGCAUUUAUUGAAGAAGAAACCUGACGUUAUAACGCCUAAUGGUUUAAAUGUCAAGAAAUUCUCCGCGCUUCACGAAUUCCAAAAUUUACACGCUCUUUCCAAAGAAAAAAUUCACGAAUUUGUCAGGGGGCAUUUUUACGGACAUUACGACUUUAAUUUAGAUAAAACUCUUUAUUUUUUCAUCGCUGGACGUUACGAAUUCGGUAAUAAGGGAGCUGAUAUAUUCAUCGAGGCCCUAGCUAGGCUCAACCAUUAUCUCAAGAAUACUCAUCCGGAUAUUACGGUGGUGGCUUUUAUGAUAUUUCCUGCAAAAACUCACAAUUUUAACGUGGAAUCUUUGAGAGGUCAUGCUGUUACUAAAUCAUUGAGGGAUACCAUUCACGAUAUUCAGAAUAAAAUCGGAAAAAGAAUGUACGAGACUUGUUUAAGUGGUCGUUUACCGGACGGAAACGAUUUGUUAGAGAAAGAAGAACUGGUGCGACUCAAGAGAUGUAUUUACUCAUUACAAAGAGACGGUUUGCCGCCCGUAACCACACACAAUAUCAACGAUGAUUGGAACGAUCCCGUAUUAAACGCCGUCAGACGAUGCAGUCUGUUCAAUACGACACACGAUAGAGUCAAAAUUGUGUUCCAUCCCGAAUUCCUCAGUUCGACUAAUCCCCUGUUCGGUUUAGAUUACGAGGAAUUCGUUAGGGGUUGUCAUUUGGGGGUAUUUCCUAGUUACUACGAACCGUGGGGGUAUACUCCCGCCGAAUGUACCGUUAUGGGUAUUCCGAGUAUUACUACUAAUUUAUCAGGUUUCGGGUGUUUCAUGCAGGAACACAUCACGGAUCCCAUGUCUUAUGGUAUUUAUAUAGUGGAUCGUAGGUACAUCGGUCUAGAGGAUUCGGUACAGCAAUUAGCUCAAUACAUGUACGAUUUCGCGAGGCUUAGUAGAAGACAAAGGAUUAUUCAGAGGAAUCGUACCGAAAGACUUAGCGAUCUUUUAGAUUGGAGGAAUUUGGGGGUGUACUACCGUCAAGCCAGAAUGAAAGCGUUGCACAAAGUAUUUCCGGAUUAUAAGGAAGAAAUGGAAGUGGGACUCGCUUUUAGAUAUCCGAGACCCAUUUCCGAACCUCCAUCCCCUAGUUCUAGUAAAGUUACGACGCCGGCAGCAUCGGUACAUGGAUCUGAUGACGAAGGCGAUUCCGUUGAUUCCGAGGCAGAGGUUAGUUUUUUUUUUUUUUUUUUUUUUUCAUUUUCCCAGGAGAAAGUAACUCAAAGAAAAAGCAAUAAAAAACGAAAAAUUGAGAAAAAAAUAGAAGAAUCAUGGAGAAAUAGGAGAGAAUAGAAAAGAAACAUGACGAAAGGAUAAUAAUUAAACAUGAAAAGAUAUAGGAACGCGAAGAAAAAAAACAGAGAGAAAGAAUGGGAAACAAAAAUAUACACGUAAAAGAGACAAAGACAGAAAAUGAAAAAAACAAUGAGAAAUAGAAGGCAUAAAGCAUAGAAAAGAACGAAGAGAGGGGACAGGAAAAAUGAGAAACUGAAGUGAAACAUGAAGAAAUAAAUCUAAGAAAAAUCAAUAAAUGGUAAUAGAAAGGAAAGACUGAAUCAUAGGGAAAGACUAAUAAUGAAAUAUAUAAUGAAAAAUACAUUUUGUAAAAACGAACAGAAAAGGAAGAAACAUGAGGAACGAACAGGAAAGAAAUAAAUAAGAAAUAGGAAAGCUACAUGGAAAAAAAAAGAUGAAGAGAAUUGGAAAAAAAAUAAACAACACAAAAUGAAAGAUAUCGAUAAAAAAUACGUAUAAAACAUGUAGGAGGAAGAGGAUGGAAACACAAAGAAAAGAUAGGAUAAAAACAAGGAAGACAGAAAAUUCAGACAGAGCAGGAAAGAAACAUGCGUAAAUAAUAAGAAAGGAAACAAGUAGAGGGAUCGGGAAAGAAGCAUAAGAAUAAAUGGAAACGAAACACGAAGAAAGAGUUGAAAAGAAAUAAGAAAAUUAGGAAAGAAAUGUGUAAAAGAAUAGGAAAGAAACUUGUAGAAGAAAUAGGAAAGAAAUACGACUGAGGAAUGGAAAAUGGGGAAGGAAAGAAUGAAACGUGUAUAAAGAAUAGGAAACAAACCUGACGGAGAAAUGGGAAAAAGAAAGAGAAGAAAAGUAACAUGAAGGAAGAGCAAAAACGCAAAAAAAAACAGAAUGAAGGAUUGGGAAAUUAAAAAUAAAGAAAGGGAAAGAAACACAAACAAAGGGCAAACAAUAAAGAAACGUAGAGGAACAUUAGGAAACAAAGACGAUAAAGGCGAGGUGAAUAAAAAUAAGAGAAAGAAAGAGGCACAUAAGGAAACGGAGAAUGCUGGAUAAAACGGAACGAAUAUGAAGUGAAAUAAAUAACUAAAUGAGGGAAUGAGAAGUGAAGAAAUAGUAGUAAAGAAAGAAACGUGAAGGAAGAAUAGGAAGUAAUCCUGAAGAAACAAUAGAUGAAAGAAUGUAAAACAUACAAGGUGAAAGAAUAGGGAAGAAAAACGGAGAUAGAACUGAAAUAGGAAUAGAGAAUAGAAACUUGAAUAAAAUGCAGGAAAUGAAUAUCAAAAAAGAAUAGAAAGGAAAACCAGAUAAUAGAAUGAAUAGGUAAGACAGACACAUAAGAAACGAAUAAUAAUGAAACAUAGAGGAAGAAUAGAACAUGGAAAAGGGGUAGAAAGAAAAAACGGAAAAGAAAAAUAGAGAAGGAAUAGGGAUUACAGAACGGAUAAUAAUGAAACAUAGAAAACGAAUAGGGACGACAGAACGGAAAAUAAUGGAACAUAGAAAAAGGAUAGGAAAGAAAAAUAAUAUAAGAAGAGCAGAAAAGAAACAUGGUGAACGAACGAGAACAUCAUGAAGAAUGACUAUAAAUUGAAUAAAGAGAAAGAAUCAUAAAAAAAAAGAAAGAUACUGAAAUUGUAGUACUAAUUUAUCACUUGCCUGUGGUAAUACAUUACAGAUUCGUGUUUGUAGUGAGAAUUUGAUAAAAAUUAAAAGUUUUUCGUGCUAUAGGAUAAUGGAAACAAAGUGGAAAGAGAAAAACAUCGAAAGAUAACAGGAAAAAUGAAACUAAUAAAAAAUAAA